CGCGCACAGCUACGCGUGAACAUCCCUAGCAUGAGGGCGAUUGUCUGUGGACAGCGUCCCAUCCCUGAGAAGCCCUGCGGGGAGCGGGCGGGCGCGAGGGGAGGGACCGAGCGGCAGCGUACGCGCCGGACGCGUCACUAGCCACCACCGCACGCUACUGAGCACACGCACUCUUACCUCGUUAAUUUGUACCAUUACGUUAUCCAACUUAGUUUAAAUGUUUUAAAGAACCUAACAUGUAAAAUAGUUUUUGUUUAAAUAAAUCACAAACAAAAUUGGCGACCGUGACAGGACAAGGUGGAUCCAGGAGGACGGACGCGGCCAUCACCAGACAUACAAGAUCGCCAGUUAAGUAGUGCCAUCCUAUCCAUUCUUUUUCCAAAUACUUUCCUCCUUCGAUUUGUAUCGAAGCGAGCUCAAUAUCUGCGUGAUUCGCUUACAAUAGCAUUUCAGUGUGCGCAUGGGCUCUUGCCUACCGAGUUUGGUCCUUUAUCCCUACUCGUGCAUGAUUGCCACAUGCGUGACACUUUAUUAUUUUCCUGCAAAUUAUUUCGUAAGUUCAUUAUCGUAGUGUUUCCAUCACUGCUAGCUUGCAAUAAUUUGUAUGGCAUAAAAUCUUUUCUUUGGCUACGCCAUCUUUGGUAUUUGAUUUGGUACAUUGCGCAAUAGCACGUUUUGUGUGAAAUAAUUUUCCUAAUGCUAAAAGCGCGAGCUUCCUAAAAUCAUCAUUAGCAUUGCAAAAAUAAGGAUUCUUAAUUAAGGAUUGAUCAUCUUCCUGCCCAGUGGACAUUACAGCCUGCCUAUCACGUGGCUGCCCUGGGCACAUCGUGCCUUCCCGGGUCGUACCGAGCUCGACGUGCUGAGCUGCCACGUGCAAUAUCGCGAGGACUUGACCACCGUGUCAACUGGUUUGGUGCACAGAUUACUUUCUCUAAUUGAUUGUUUGCCCUUUUUUUGAAUCGUGCUUAUCACAAACGUACCCCAUUCUCUUACAUACCUAAGUUCGUACCUAGGUCCUUAAUUUAAAUUCGAAUCAUGUCUAAAGCGGAUGCUGCUGAUAAGUUUGAAGGCGAAGGCUCUUCUAGCGAUUCAAUCGAGUUUCAUAGGCUAAUUAAUCUGCGCCGGUCAAUGAAGGGACGCUUAACUAAAUUCGAAAAUCACAUAACACCUUUAAAAUCAGUGAAACCAGGUGAUCUAAGUAGUAUACAGGUCAAGGAACUAAUCAAUCGCCUAAACAAGGUACAGUCUAUGUUCUCUGAGUUCGAUGAGGUAGAAAAUAGGUUAGAAGCUUUGAAUGAUGAUUCUGAUGAACGUGAUGAUAUCGAGGAUAGGUUUUUUUCGUUGAUAUCUCUUGCUCAGGAGUUAAUAGAGUCAUGUUCCAAGUCUGAUUCCAAACAGAGACCGAGUAGUGCUCUUUCACACCGGUCUGGUGGCAGUUGUGACCACUAUGCAAUCAAACUACCUACUAUCAAGCUGCCUACCUUUGAUGGGAACUACCUUAAGUGGCUUGAAUUUAGAGACACAUUCGAGUCCAUGAUCAAUCAAAACGAUUCAAUUUCAGAAAUAAAUAAAUUUCAUUAUUUGAGAUCAUCUUUAGAGGGAGGUGCAACUGUAGUCAUAAAGUCAAUUGAGUUCACCUCCAAAAAUUAUAGCUUGGCAUGGAAUCUCUUGUGUGAACGUUACGAUAACAAAAACAUUUUAAUCAAUAACCACAUAAAAGCGUUAUUUAGCAUGGAUCCUUUAUUCCGUGAAUCUCACAAGGCUAUUAGAUAUUUAAUAGACACUUUCUUAAAGAACUUAAGAGCUCUCGAGAACUUAGAUCAACCAACUGACAAAUGGGACGUUCUCAUUUGUUUCAUUAUUUGCUCUAAAUUAGAUUCAGUCACCUGCAGGAAGUGGGAAGAGCAUAAAAAUACCUUGCCCAACUUACCGUCAUUAGCAGACAUGAUUCUAUUUCUUCGAAACCGUGCUGACAUUCUUGAGACGAUGUCUGCCAAUAGCACUGAACGAUCUAAACCUGAACCUAAAGUAGUAAGGAGUAGUGAUAAUAAGAGCGCAUUCCUACCACGAAGUUCGAAAAGUUUCGUGUCGUCAUCAAGCUCUAAACGCAAAAACAUUCAUAAUUGUCCAAUGUGUAAGCAUCAGCAUAGUAUAGUACAUUGCAACGUCUUUAAAGAUUUACCUCUUAAAGUUCGGUUAGACGAAGUCGUAAAAUUAAACCUUUGCUCGAACUGUCUCAGGAGGGGUCACGUUGUGGAAGACUGUCGCCUUCAAAGUACUUGUAGGGAGUGCGGAAAACGACAUAACACGCUCUUGCACUCAGUCAGUGAACCAGCCGUCAAACCGGCAGCCGUUGAAUCCACAUUAACUUCAACAAAUUCUGUGUCACUGUCCGCACAGUCUUCUAAUCAGCAGGUUCUUCUAUGCACUGCAUUGGUCAGGGUCACUGAUCCACAGAGUAAAAAUACUCACCUUGCUCGAGCUCUGCUUGAUGCAGGAAGUCAGUCAUGCUUCAUAUCUGAAACCCUAAAACAUAAAAUGGGUAUAAUCAGUAAUAAUACAGAUUCUUUAUGUAUAUCUGGCAUUAAUAACGUCAAAGUUCAUAUAACUGACAGCUGCGAGCUAGCCAUAAGCUCACUUCACCAGCACUUUAAUGUCAGUCUUAAAAUGUAUGUAGUACCUCAAAUAACUGGCUACUUACCAAAUGCUCCCGUCAAUGUUCGCGAACUUAACUUACCAGUUAAUAUUCAGUUGGCAGAUCCUAAAUUCUAUGUUCCUUCUGACGUUGACAUACUGUUGGGGGCUGGAGUCUUCUUCGACGCGAUCUCUCCAAAGCAGAUCAAAUUAGGACAACAUAAGCCCAUUCUUCAAGAGUCAAAAUUCGGUUGGCUAGUGGCAGGUCCUCUUCAUAGUUACUCUCAUAAACAAAGUAAUGUCAUUCAUUGCAAUUUCACCAAGGAAAUUAGCGACAACUUAACGAAGUUCUGGAAUCUUGAGGAGCUUCCACUUUCAGAACUCACUAUGUCACCUGAGGAUGAAUUUUGCGAACAUCAUUUUCAGGAAACAACGAAACGUCUAGUUAACGGGCGGUUUUGUGUAAAAAUGCCUUUUCGGGAAUCACCAGAGCAAGCGCUUGGUAAUUCAUACAUGAUGGCCGAAAAGCGCUUCUUAAAUCUUGAGAAAAAACUUGAUAAAAACUCUGAUCAUAAAGACAAAUACACUCAAUUCAUAAAGGAAUAUGAAAGGCUUGGUCAUUUAUCUAAAGUAGACAGACCAUCAUUUGGGUACUUCCUACCACAUCAUUGUGUAAUUAGAGAAACCAGCGAAACAACAAAACUUCGUGUAGUUUUUGAUGGAUCCGCUAAAACUUCUUCAAAGAAAUCACUUAAUGACAUUCAAUAUACAGGCCCUGUAGUACAGGAUGAACUGUUUAAUAUCUUGAUUAGAUUUCGUCAACAUAGGUUCGUCCUUACAGGUGACAUAAUGAAUUUUUAUCGACAGUUUUCUAUAGAUCCCUCUCAAAGGCAUUUACAGCUGAUCAUCUGGCGAGACAACAAGGUUCAGCCCCUUGAAAUUGCGGAAUUACAAACUGUAACCUAUGGCACAAAUUCUGCCCCAUUCCUAAGUACUAGAUGUCUCAAACAGCUUGCUUUAGAAUGCAAUGAUCCUAUUGUCUCAGAAGUUAUUCAAAAGGAUUUUUAUAUUGAUGACAUGUUGACCGGGUCAUCUUCCGAGCAUGAAUUGCAUCAUAUCUAUAGAAAAGUCAUAGAAGUUCUUAACUCGGCAUGUUUGCCUAUCCAUAAAUUCCGAACUAACUGUCCUCAGAUAUUUCAACACAACACUGAAACUCAAGGCCUUGAUCUUUGUAAAGAGUCUAGUGUAUUGGGUGUCCUGUGGGCCCCGGACACUGACACAUUACGCUUCACCCUAAAUGUUGAUUGUACUCAACAAAAGGUCACCAAAAGAGUAAUUUUAUCAAAUACGUGUAAAAUCUUUGACCCGCUGGGGUUAAUCAGUCCCUGCACUAUUGCUUUAAAAAUUUUGCUACAAAGGUUGUGGCUCCUCAAGCUUGAUUGGGACGAUCCAGUCCCCACUGAAAUAAAUAAUGUGUGGCAACAGAUGAUAGGUAGCCUUAACUCUUUACUUACAGUUAAUGUUCCCAGAUUCGCGCUAUGCGCUUCACCCAUUUCCACAGAGCUUCACUGCUUUGUAGACGCAUCCCAGAAUGCCUACGCUGCCUGUCUCUACCUACGUUCAGUGGACCCCAAAGGCAUAAUAUCCACUGCAUUACUCUGUGCAAAGACACGUGUUUCCCCGAUAAAGCCAUUAACAAUACCGCGUCUUGAGCUAUGCGCGGCCUUACUCGGAGCUCGCCUCACAGCUAAGGUGACGAGUGCUCUUCGGUGCGAUAUUGAUUGUACCUAUUAUUGGUCUGAUUCCACCAUAACAUUAGCGUGGAUAAAUUCACAACCUCAGCUUUUGAAGGCAUUCGUGUGCAAUCGAGUAAACGAAAUUCGUGAGCUCUCAGCUCAAUCUCUAUCAUCGUGGAGAUACGUACCCACAGCUAUCAACCCCGCCGACAUGGCGUCGCGAGGUCUAGAACCUAGUAAUUUAUCAAAGUCUGAUUUGUGGUGGCGCGGACCCUCCUUCCUUCUAAGUCAGGAAACGGAGUGGCCACAAGCUCCUAAAUCUAAAAUAAAUUUAUCAGAAUUGAAAAACAAUAUUCAAGUUCAUAAUGCAUUAAACACAUCUACCUUUGUUGACUUUACUAGGUAUUCAAACCCCAAUCGGUUAAUAAGAAUAUAUGCCUACGUAUUAAGAUUUAUAAGUAAUUGUAAAAAUAAAAAUAAAAAUGUUAGUCCCUUGUGCAGUAAGGAACUCAACGAUUCACUCGAGCUACUGGUUAAAAAUUCUCAGUAUGAAUCAUACUCAUUAAUAAUAAAUACCUUGAAUAAAGGAAAUAAACUCAAACCUAAAUGUUCAAUUUUGCAGUUAGCUCCGUUCAUUGACCAGAGUGGAAUAUUGCGAGUAGGUGGUCGUCUUGAUAAUGCGACACUUUCUUUUGAACAAAAACAUCCGGCUCUGCUAGAUAGUAAACAUCACUUUACGAAAAUACUCAUGAGACACGAACAUGCUCGUCUCUUUCACGCCGGCCCUCAGCUGCUCCUUAGUUCAUUUAGAAAACAAUACUGGCCUAUAGGCGGUAGAAAUUUAGCACGCAGUACAGUUCGAAAAUGUAUUGUUUGUACAAGAUACAAGGCCAAGCCAAUGGAGCCAUUCAUGGGAAACCUUCCUUCAAAUAGGGUUUCACAAUUUUAUCCCUUUCAAACUUGUGGUGUUGAUUUCGCGGGACCGUUCAUGAUUUCUAAUAAAAUCGGACGUGGUAAUAAAAUCUCAAAAUGUUACCUAUGUUUAUUCAUUUGUUUUUCUGUUAAAGCAGUCCAUUUGGAAACGGUCAGCGAUCUCAGCACUCAAGCGUUUAUUUCAAGCCUAAAACGAUUUAUCGCUAGAAGAGGCAAGCCUGAUAACAUUUGCUGUGAUAACGGUAAAAACUUCGUGGGGGCCAACAAUGAAUUAGGUAGGGUAAUGCGGUCAAGCCUUCGUGAUCUUAAAGAUUAUUCCGCAAAUGAGGGCAUUAAAUUCACCUUCAACCCACCUUAUUCACCUUCACUCGGAGGUCUAUGGGAGGCCGGCAUAAAAAGCGCAAAGCAUCACUUAAAGCGCAUAGCGGGGAAUACAGCAUUAACUUUCGAGGAGUUGAGCACGCUUUUUACGCAAAUCGAAGCGAUCCUCAACUCCCGACCCCUUACUCCUUUAACAUCUGACCCAAACGACCUUUCUCCUCUCACCCCAGGGCACUUCAUCAUCGGACGGCCGCUGACGUCACUGCCAUCACCUCCGGCAUCCGACUUGAAGACACGCAUCCGCUGUCGUUACCGAAUGAUCGAGGGACUGCGCCAACACUUCUGGGCACGGUGGAGUAACGAAUACCUACUAGAACUCCAACAGCGGUACAAAGGACGCCAUCAUGAGCGAAAUCUUCAAGAAGGAGACCUCGUCGUCUUCAAGGAAGAUGGUCUCCCUCCUCUCAAAUGGAGAAUCGGACGAGCCGUGCGUCUUUACAUGGGCUCUGACAACGUCUGCAGGGUGGCCGACUUCAUGACGUUCCGAGGAAUUGAACGACGAGCCGUAAACAAGGUCUGCCUACUACCACUUGAGAAUGACAUCAUCACAGAAGAGGAGAACAAGGAUCUUGAAAGUUGAUCUUUCAAGGCCGCCGAAGAUGUUCACGCGCACAGCUACGCGUGAACAUCCCUAGCAUGAGGGCGAUUGUCUGUGGACAGCGUCCCAUCCCUGAGAAGCCCUGCGGGGAGCGGGCGGGCGCGAGGGGAGGGACCGAGCGGCAGCGUACGCGCCGGACGCGUCACUAGCCACCACCGCACGCUACUGAGCACACGCACUCUUACCUCGUUAAUUUGUACCAUUACGUUAUCCAACUUAGUUUAAAUGUUUUAAAGAACCUAACAUGUAAAAUAGUUUUUGUUUAAAUAAAUCACAAACAA